AUGGGGCCGUAUCAAAUUCUCAAGAGGAUUGGACCAGUGGCAUAUCAGAUUGCAUUACCUCCAUUCCUUUCUAAUCUGCAUGAUGUGUUCCAUGUUUCACAACUGAGGAAGUAUAUUCACGAUCCGAGUCAUGUCUUGGAAUCAGAGGCAGUGCAAAUUAAAGAGAAUCUAACUUUUGAGAAACAGCCAGUUUCAGUGGCAGAUAAGAAAGUUAAACAAUUGCGAGGUAAAUCUAUCAAUUUGGUGAAGGUUAUUUGGGAUGAGUUUACUAAUGAAGCCACUUGGGAAUUGGAAGACAAGAUGAAAGAUCAAUACCCAUAUCUCUUUUUAAGUAAGUGA